ACAUACAUAGUGACUACGGGGAAUCAACGAGUUUUGUCAGCUAUGACACUGGGGAGGUUUCGCAUUGCAAUCGUUCAACUGGCUGUACAAAAAAGUAGGCUCGAAAAUCUUGCUAAGGCCACCGAGCAUGUCCAGAAGGCGGUCGCGAGGGGCUCAAAGCUGGUGUGUUUGCCCGAAUUUUUCGGCUUUCCGUGUGCCGUCGGAAACUUCGAGAAGUACGCCGAACCUAUCCCCGGCGGCACCAGUGAAUUCUUGGCUCGCACGGCCAAAGACAACGGCGUCUACAUCGUCGGCGGAACGAUGGCUGAACGCGAAGGCGACAGACUCUACAACACUUGCCUCGUCUACGGACCCGAUGGGCAGCUCCUGACCAAGUACCGGAAGUUGCAUCAGUUUGACGUUGACAUACCCGGAAAGAUGAGCGUCAGGGAGUCCGACUUCUUCGCUGCCGGCGACACCCUGGCAACCUUCGACACACCAUACUGCAAGGUGGGCCUCGGAAUCUGCUAUGACCUGCGCUUCGCAGAACUCGCUAACUUGUACGCCAGGCGAGGUUGCAGGCUUCUACUGUUUCCUGGUGCCUUCAACAUGGCGACUGGCCCGCUCCAUUGGAAGUUGCUUCAGCGUGCCAGGGCCGUCGACAAUCAGGUCUACGUCGCUUCGGCUUCUACAGCGACGGACGAAAGUGCUUGCUACGUGUCCUGGGGACACAGCAUGUUGGUUGACCCUACGGGCAAAGUCGUCACUUCGGCAGCUGCCGGAGAGGAGCUCAUCGUCAGUGACGUAGACAUGGAUCUCGUGAAGUGUGUGAGAAACCAGAUACCCGUGUUGAGACAGAAGAGGGACGAUGUCUAUGACCUAUGUGAAGUGAGCAGUUUUACGAGUGGACAUCGCCUGGCAUAACCGUAAAACAGUAGUAGGGUCAUAUUGUAAAGCAUUUUGAUGGGUGAUCACCUAAGGCCAAGCUGUCAUUUUAGUUUAUGUGGCUUUCCCAUAUAGUUAGAGGUGCAUAUUAAAGCAUUUCGACAGACGUCACUGUCAUAUCGCUGUUUGAUCUUGGACUGCAGUGACGGUAAAACUAGCUGUGCCAUGCCUCUUUUAGGUAUUUUACAACAGAAUCGAAAGGUUGGGCUAGUUGGAUAUGCAUGGUAUAACUAUCAGUUAAAGCGCACGAAAAACAGACA